CUGCAUGGAUUUAUUUCUGGACUCAAUUUCCCAGGAACUCUGCUAUUGCACACGGGGGAAAAUGCCUCUGCUGAAGUUUCUCUAGCUCCAGCUUGGUGAAUAAAGAUCUGUCGCUUUGGAGUUACUCACAGCAGCUCUGUCACUACUGACUCAUCCAUCUGCUUCAGGAAAAUGUUUGCUGUCCACUUGCUAGCUUUCCAUUUCACAAAGCUAAAAGAGGAUCAAAUAACGAAGGUGGACAGGUUCCUGCACCAGCUGCGCCUCCCUGAUGAUGUCCUGCAGGAUGUGGCAGCUCGUUUCCAGGCUGAGAUGCUGAAGGGGCUGGCCAGGGACACCAACCCCACGGCAGCAGUGAAGAUGCUGCCCUCGUUCGUGCGCUCGCUGCCCGACGGCUCAGAGAAGGGGGAGUUCCUUGCUGUGGACCUGGGGGGCUCCCAGCUCCGUGCCCACCAGGUGAGGGUGUCUGAUGAUGGCAAGCAGAGCAGCCAGCUGGAGAGCAAGUUCUACCCCACACCCAAGGAAGUCACCCAGGGCAACGGAGCUGAGCUCUUUGAUUACAUUGCUGACUGUCUGUCAGACUUCAUGGAGACCAGAAACCUGAAGCAGAAGAAGUUACCUCUUGGCUUUACCUUUUCUUUUCCGUGCAAACAGACCAAACUGGAUGAGGGGGUUCUCCUUGAGUGGACAAAGCACUUCAGGGUCCGAGGAGUGCAGGGCACAGACGUGGUCAGCUCCCUGCACAGGGCCCUCCAGAAGCACCAGGACCUAGAUGUUGAUGUUUUGGCCCUGGUCAAUGACACGGUGGGAACCAUGAUGACUUGUGGAUAUGAUGACCCGCGCUGUGAAGUUGGACUCAUAAUUGGGACUGGCACCAACGCCUGCUACAUGGAGGAGAUGAGGCACAUCAGCCUGGUGGAGGGGGACGAGGGCAGGAUGUGCAUCAACACAGAGUGGGGGGCCUUUGGGGACGAUGGUGCUUUGGAUGAUCUCCGCACGGAGUUCGAUCGGGAGCUGGACCUGGGAUCUCUCAACCCUGGAAAACAACUGUUUGAGAAGAUGAUCAGCAGCCUGUAUUUGGGGGAACUUGUGAGACUCAUUCUCCUUAAAAUGACAAAGGAAGGUCUGCUCUUCAAUGGGAAAGUGUCAACAGCUCUGCUUACUAAGGGCAAGAUUGAAAUGAAACACGUGUCUGCAAUGGAAAAGUACAAGGAAGGCCUGAGCAACACAAGAGAGAUCCUCACAGAGCUGAAGCUGUUUCCCUCAGAGGAGGACUGUGUUGCUGUGCAGCACGUCUGCACCAUCGUGUCCUUCCGCUCGGCCAACCUGUGCGCGGCCGCGCUGGCCGCCAUCCUCACCCGCCUCAGGGACAACAAAAAGCUGCUGAGGAUGAGAACCACCGUUGGCAUUGAUGGGGGGCUCUACAAAACACACCCCAGGUACGCCCAGCGGCUGCACAAGGUGCUGAGGAGGCUGGUACCCACGUGUGACGUGCGGUUCGUGCUGUCGCGGAGCGGCAGCGGCCGCGGGGCCGCCAUGGUCACGGCGGUGGCACUCAGGCUGGCAGCCCAGCGCCGCCGCCUCGAUGCCACCCUCGCCCCCUUUCUGCUGCCCCCCAGCACCCUGCAGCAGGUCAGGGACAGCAUGAGGGCUGAGCUGGAGUACGGGCUGAAGAGGGAGGCGCGAGGCCAGGCCACGGUGAAGAUGCUGCCCACGUACGUGUGCGGGAUGCCGGAUGGGACAGAGAAAGGAAAGUUCCUUGCCCUUGACCUUGGUGGCACAAAUUUCAGGGUUCUGCUGGUCAAAAUCAAAAGCGGGAGAAGAAGAUCAGUGCAAAUGUACAACAAAAUCUUUGCCAUUCCUUUGGAGAUCAUGCAAGGGACAGGAGAAGAGCUCUUUGACCAUAUUGUCCAAUGCAUAGCAGACUUUCUGGAUUAUAUGGGGAUUAAAGGUGCUCGGCUUCCUCUGGGCUUCACCUUCUCCUUCCCCUGCAGGCAAACCAGCAUUGACAAGGGAACACUUGUGGGAUGGACAAAAGGAUUCAAGGCAACAGACUGUGAGGGGGAAGAUGUUGUUGAUAUGCUGAGAGAGGCCAUCAGGAGGAGAAAUGAGUUUGACCUGGACAUUGUAGCCGUGGUGAAUGACACUGUGGGGACCAUGAUGACCUGUGGCUAUGAGGACCCAAACUGUGAGAUUGGCCUUAUUGCAGGAACAGGCACCAAUGUUUGCUACAUGGAGGACAUGAAAAACAUAGAAACAGUGGAAGGGAAUGAAGGAAAAAUGUGCAUUAAUACAGAAUGGGGAGCAUUUGGUGACAAUGGCUGCAUUGACCACAUCAGGACAAAAUAUGACAGAGAAGUAGAUGAAGGCUCCCUAAACCCAGGGAAACAGAGGUAUGAAAAAAUGACCAGUGGAAUGUACCUAGGUGAAAUAGUAAGGGAAAUUUUGAUUGACUUAACCAAACAAGGGCUGCUGUUCAGAGGACACAUUUCGGAAUCACUCAGGAAAAGAGGAAUAUUUGAAACAAAAUUCCUGUCUCAGAUUGAGAGUGACCGGCUGGCCCUGCUGCAGGUGAGGCACGUCCUGCAGCACCUGGGCCUGGACAGCACCUGUGAGGACAGCAUCAUCGUCAAGGAGGUGUGUGCAGCCGUGUCCACCAGGGCUGCCAGGCUCUGCGGGGCAGGGCUGGCUGCUGUCGUGGAGAAGAGGAGGCAGAACCGAGGUGUGGAGCGCCUGCAGAUCACUGUUGGGGUGGACGGGACUCUGUACAAGCUCCAUCCGCAUUUUUCCAGGAUCCUGCAGGAAACAGUGAAGGAGCUGGCCCCUCAGUGUGACGUGACUUUCCUGCUUUCUGAAGAUGGAAGUGGGAAGGGAGCUGCCCUCAUUACUGCAGUUGCAAAAAGGUUGCACAACGUUGGACAGAAGUAGAAAUGAGAGGCCAAGGAACCCCAGCCCUGCCAGGCGUGCGCAGCAGGGGUUUGCUGGGUGGUGGUUCCACAAAGCUUUGCCAGCACCAGCACACAGGUAGCUUUUAUUGGGGAGCAGCUGCUUUUGACCAAGCAGGAUUGUGGAUUUUUGGUA